ACUACUGUCAUAAGCACAACACAAGAAUUCACUACCUCAACUACUACUGAGCCGGUCACUCUCUUUGUGACAGAAAAAAAAACAAAGCCUACAGAAGACCCCCUUUUCUCAGAAUAUGAAUUUCCAGACUACUUCUUCACACCCCCACCUGAAGAAGACAUCACUGUGUCCACCGUAACUGUCAGCAUCAAUGCAACUGACUAUGAGGACAUAACUGAAGAGUAUGUGACCGGAGAAGAGGAAGACAACCAAAAACCAGAUGACUAUGAAAUGAGAGAGUAUGACGAAGAGGACUUUGAAGAAGGGGACAAUAGAUAUGGUCCUCAGGAGCGUGGUACAGUGCAGACCAAAGAAACCGAACCUGAGAGCUUGAAGGGAGAGAAAGGAGAGCCCGCUAUAGUGGAGCCUGGCACCGUGAUUGAGGGUCCGAUAGGAUUCCCUGGGCACUCGGGAGAACCAGGACCGGCUGGACCUUCAGGAACUCCUGGACCACCUGGAGAUCCAGGCGAAAGGGGUCCUCCAGGAAGACCUGGACUCAAUGGUGCUGAUGGUAUACUGGGACCUCCAGGGAAUACAGUGAUGCUUCCUUUCCAGUAUGGUGGUGAUUCCAGGGGACAGACUGUGUCAUUUCAAGAAGCUCAGGCACAAUCCAUCUUGCAGCAGGCUAAGCUGGCUAUGAAAGGUCCACCUGGCCCAGUGGGUCUGACAGGGCGACAUGGUCCCCUUGGUCCUCCUGGGUCGCAAGGUCUAAAGGGUGAUUAUGGUGAUAAUGGCCCUCCGGGUCCACGUGGCUUUCAAGGAAUCAUAGGUCCCCCAGGAAAGAUUGGUAAAAGAGGACGUGGUGGAGCAGAUGGAGGCCGCGGUGUUCCUGGUGAAACAGGAAUUAAGGGGGACCGUGGAUUUGAUGGCUUGCCAGGACUUCCAGGAGAUAAAGGGCACAGAGGAGAUUUGGGGAACUCGGGCCCUCCUGGGCCAACUGGGAAAAAUGGAGAGAAGGGUUCUUCUGGACCUCAUGGGCCUGCUGGUUCUCCUGGUGAAGCUGGUGCACGGGGCUUGGUUGGUCCACGAGGCCCAACUGGCCCACCAGGUCAGCCAGGUGUAAAUGGAAUUGAUGGAGCACCAGGUCCAAAAGGAAACCAAGGCAUUCAAGGAGAUUCUGGGCCAAAUGGACAACAAGGAAACCCAGGACCGCAUGGUUUACCCGGACCUCAGGGACCCAUUGGAAUGCCAGGGGAAAAGGGGCCACAUGGAAAGCAAGGCAUAUCUGGGCUGGCUGGAUCUGAUGGCCCUCCGGGACAUCCAGGGAGAGAGGGACCUGCUGGAGAGAAAGGCAUACAGGGUCUCCCUGGCUCACCUGGUCCUAUAGGAUAUCCUGGCCAAAGAGGAGUUAAGGGAGCCUUUGGCGUGAGAGGACUGAAGGGGAGCAAAGGAGAAAAGGGUGAAGAUGGUUUUCCCGGCUCCAAAGGAGACAUGGGGAUCAAAGGAGACAGAGGGGAUCCAGGAGCUUUAGGAGUACGUGGAGAGGAUGGUCCUGAAGGGCCGAAAGGACAAUCUGGACCAUUUGGAGAAUCGGGGGCAUCGGGAAUUCCUGGAGAAAAGGGAAAGUUGGGAGUUCCCGGCCUCCCUGGAUACCCAGGACGUCUGGGUGCAAAAGGUUCUAUAGGAUUUCCUGGGCCAAUUGGUUUGGUUGGAGAAAAGGGCAAGAGGGGAAGAGGAGGACAGGCCGGAGCACCAGGACAGCGGGGACCCUCCGGCACAAGAGGUGAAAGAGGCCAGAGGGGGCCAACUGGAAAGCCUGGUCUAAAGGGAGAUUCUGGUCAUGAUGGUGUUGCUGGAGCUUCUGGAGAGAAGGGACCAAUGGGUGCUCCGGGGCCAGUUGGAUUUGCAGGACCCAAAGGACCAAAUGGAUCCCCAGGGAAGGAUGGGUUACCUGGACAUGCAGGCUCGCGAGGAGAGCCAGGUUUUCAAGGAAAAACAGGCCUUGCAGGACCAGCUGGGGUUGUUGGACCACAGGGCAAGUCAGGUGAGACUGGUCCAAUGGGAGAACGAGGUCAUCCAGGGUCACCAGGAUCUCCAGGAGAACAUGGAUUGCCAGGCCCGGCUGGAAGGGAAGGAGCUAAGGGAGAUCCUGGUCCUUCUGGCAAUUCAGGUAAAUCUGGACCUCAAGGGCUUCGAGGGUUUCCAGGAGCAAGAGGUAUCCCAGGGGAAGCAGGUGCAGGUGGGCUAAAAGGUGGAGAAGGUCCAAUUGGUCCAGCAGGUUCAGUGGGGCCUACAGGAGAACGGGGACCUCCUGGAUCAGCUGGAGGAAUUGGUCUUCCCGGCCGUCCUGGGUCACAGGGACCUCCCGGACCAGCAGGAGAGAAGGGAAAUCCGGGUGAAAAAGGACCUUUUGGAGGAGCUGGCCAAGAUGGUGCACAGGGUAGCCUUGGACCACCAGGACCUGCUGGACCUCCCGGGCCAGCUGGAGAUGAUGGAGAUAAGGGAGAGGUUGGAGGUCCUGGGCAAAAAGGAAGCAAAGGUGACAAAGGAGAAAGGGGACCUCCUGGGCCUACUGGUAUACAAGGUCCUAUUGGAAUCCCUGGUCAAGCCGGCCAAGAUGGAGAACCCGGUCGCAGAGGUCAGCCAGGAAUGCAAGGACAAAAGGGAGACGAGGGAAUUCGAGGCUUUACUGGUGUAUCAGGUCCCAGGGGACUCCAGGGUAUGCCUGGACCUCCAGGAGAGAAGGGAGAAAGUGGACAUGUUGGGCCAAUGGGCCCACCGGGUACAACAGGUCCUAGAGGUCCCAUGGGUCCAGGUGGUGGUGAUGGAGCCCAAGGACAGCCAGGAGGACUGGGCCAGCCAGGAGCUGUUGGAGAAAAGGGAGAGUCAGGAGAAGCCGGAGAUCCAGGAUCACCAGGAGAACCCGGUCCCCCGGGAGGUAAAGGUGACAUUGGUGAAAAGGGUGAAUCUGGAGCUUCAGGAGCGGCGGGACCUCCUGGGAAGAAGGGACGUCCAGGAGAAGAUGGACCUAAAGGAAACAUGGGUCCCAUAGGUUUUCCAGGAGACCCAGGACCAAGAGGAGAGGCUGGAAUACCAGGAGUUGAUGGUGUACCUGGAGAGAAAGGUGAUGCUGGAGAAAGUGGGAAUCCGGGACAACCUGGACCUUCAGGAGAGCCCGGCCCAACAGGUCCACCUGGACGAAGAGGACAACUGGGGCCUGCAGGCAAAGAGGGUCGUCAAGGUGAAAAAGGAGCAAAGGGAGAGCGUGGAACUGAAGGACCUCCUGGAAAGACAGGGCCAGUGGGACCUCAAGGAUCGCCUGGGAAACCUGGACCUGAAGGUCUGAGAGGCAUUCCAGGGCCUGCUGGGGAACCAGGCUUACUUGGACCACCUGGUCAGACAGGACCUCCUGGGCCCUUGGGUCCCGGUGGAUUGCCUGGUCUUAAAGGUGAUUCUGGAACUAAAGGAGAUAAGGGCCAUGCUGGUCUUAUUGGCUUGAUUGGACCGCCAGGAGAAAUGGGAGAGAAAGGAGACAGAGGACCCCCUGGAAAUCAGGGUGUUCAGGGACCCAAAGGAGACCCUGGACCUGUUGGACCAUAUGGACCAAAUGGGCCACCUGGACCCAACGGCCUGUCGGGACCUCUAGGGCAGAAAGGUUCAAAAGGAGCUCCAGGACCAAUAGGCAUGAGAGGAGAUCCCGGACAUCAAGGACCUCCUGGUUUACCAGGUCGUCCAGCACAAGCCGUACAGCCUCUCCCAUAUGAAGCAUUCGGCACAACCAGAAAAAGGAGGCGACACUCUGAUAGUCUGCAAAAUGAUGAUGGAGACAUAGACUACAUGGCUGAUGGAAUGGAGGAAAUCUAUGCCACACUCGGGUCACUUAAAACAGAAAUUGAACAGAUGAGGUGGCCUGUAGGCACCAAAGAAAGCCCAGCAAGGACCUGUAAAGAGCUUCAGAUGUGUCACCCCAAUUAUAAAGAUGGUGAAUACUGGAUUGAUCCAAAUCAGGGAUGUAACAGAGAUGCCUUCAAAGUGUUCUGUAAUUUUACAUCUGGUGGAGAGACAUGUCUAUACCCAGAUAAAAAGUUUGAAUCGGUGAAAGUUGCAGCUUGGAAUAAAGAAACUCCAGGAGACUGGUACAGCACCUUUAAAAGAGGAAAGAGGUUCCAGUACAUUGAUGCUGAUGGAAACCCUGUGCAUGUGGUACAAAUGACGUUCCUCAAGCUGCUAAGUGCAGUAGGCCGACAAAACUUCACAUAUAACUGCCAGCAGUCUGUGGCGUGGUAUGACAUGUCAAAAGCGAAUCAUGAGCGGUCGAUAAAGCUGAGAGCGGACAAUGAGGAGGAGCUUAGUCACAACCGCACACCACAAUUACGGGCAUUAUAUGAUGGGUGCCAGCUUCGUAAAGGUGUAGAACAAACAGUACUCGAAAUCAACACCUACAAGGUGGAACAUCUACCCCUCAGGGAUGUUGCUGUCAGUGACUUCGGUGACAGCAACCAGAAGUUUGGAUUUGAGCUUGGGCCAGUCUGCUUUAAUGGCUAG